CUGCCAUAUGUGCCGCGCACGAGACACGAGAAAAACGGCGUAGAGAGUGCGCGAGUGCGAGCGAGGGGGGAGCAAGUGAGAGAUCAUGGUGGACGAGACGCAAGAUCCGAUGCCGAUUUUCCAAGUGCAAGUGCGAGUGGGAGAAAAUCAUAUCAACCGAGAGCCGAACUGCCACUUGAAAGUUAUGUACUCGAUGUACCCGUUGACGAAGUUACCGCCGAUACCGCCGCCGGAUGUCAUGUACAAGAUGAGGAAUAUUCACGAGGAGCCCUUUCCAGGUGACGUCCUCGAAUUCCUCAACAUCGGGAGGAGUGUGAUGGACGAGAGGGACAACGUCGGGCAGGAGUUUUUUCGUCUUUUGAAGACGCAAAAGGAUAUCACAUCAAACUAUCGAGAUUUGGAGACUAGACAAAAUAGAGUUCUUCAUCAAUUGGCAGAACUCAAGAAACAAGUCUCUACAUUAUGCCAAUUUUUGAAACAAUCAAAUGGAAUACCUAAAUUAAAUGAAAAUACUACAGUAAAAGCUACAACAGAUUGUGUGUCACCUCAGGAACCAGUUAGACACAUUAAGAUGAUAGUGCAUGCAGAUCCAGAUUAUCUACCAUAUUCAGUACUCGCUUUGCAGAAGCUUUGGAAUGAUGUUGAUAUUAGAGUGACAUCAUAUAAACAUUCUUCUAUUACAGCAUCAACACAAUUUACAGUUCCCUUUCAAAAAUCUAUUAAUUCUACUGCAAAAACCAUUAUACAUUUAACAUUGAUAUGGAAACAAACUAAAGAUUUGGAAGUUAUUAUUGUGGAUGGAUGUAACAUAAUUGGUGAAAGUAAUUUCCUCAGAUAUUUGAGCAGGCUAGUGGAUACACAUAACUAUGAAAAGAUACAUACGCAGCCACACUUAUUAGAUACAGUACUCGACUGGUGUUAUAAAACAUAUGAACAUCUUAAAACGGGAGGUACAUACAAAGAAGUGGACUUUAAUACUGUAACCCGUCAUUUCGAGAAAUGGGCCAAUCAGCCUGAACCUAACAUUGCGGACUUUGCGUUAUGGUCUUUAUUUAAACGGUUUCCUCCAGAAAGAAAACCAAAGAUACUUGAUCGGUGGUAUGACUCAUGUGAAAAGGCUUUCAUAGAUAAAGUUUAUGCAUGAAUGCACAAAUUAAAUACUUAAUAAAUAAGUGAGAAUAGAAUAUUACAAAUACAUCAGAACAGAAACAAUA